AUGCGUUUCUUCAGCUUCCUCGUUGCAGUUACCUUAGCCUCAUUGGCCAUCGCACACCCGGGCCCUCAUAAAAAAGCCACGAGAGCCGAAAUCUCCCGUCGACAGGAACUGUCUUCUCGUUGCGCUCACCAUGCCGGCGAAUACAACGCAAAGAGAUGGAAGAGGAGCUUGGAAAAGCGGCAGAAUAUUACGACCAUCGAAGCUACGACGGAAGCACCUUACUAUAAGACGAUUCAGAAUGAGACCUGUGUGCUCACGCCCGACGUGACAUCCGGACCGUAUUGGUGGACAGAGUCUCAGACACUUCGGCAGGAUAUUAGGGAAGAUCAGCCAGGUGUGCCGCUGUCGCUUGAUAUUGGGGUGAUGGAUAUGGCGACAUGUGGACCCUUGGAAGGGGUGCUGGUGGACGUUUGGCAUUGCAAUGCUACGGGCAAAUAUUCAAAGCUUAACCUGACCUGGUUUGAGCCUGGACAGUCGGAUAUUCAUACGGAUAAUCAGACUUGGUUGCGGGGCAUGUGGCCGACGGAUAGUAAUGGGAUGGUGGAGAUGAAGACUAUUUUUCCAGGCUUCUACUUCGGAAGAUCAAUCCACAUUCAUAUUCAAGUGCAUACCGACUGGGUGCUGAGAGACAACGGCACCCUUGCGAGUGGGAAUACCGUGAGCACGGGGCAGGUUUUCUUCGACGAGGAACUUGAGCAGGAAAUCAUGGCGUUGGAGCCGUAUUCCUCUGUGACAGGGAUUCAGAGACUUGUUAAUGGUCUUGAUGACACGUUCCAUAAUGAGAAUACCGAUGGGUAUAAUGCCAUUGUGUCGGUGGUUCCCAUGGAUGGGGUUGAUGUGAGGAAUGGAAUGAUCGGGUAUAUUACUGUUGGUGUGGAUACAGAAGCUGUUGACCCUAAAUUCCCGGUUCGAUAAACUUGGGUCAGCUGGAACAGCUCUAGACUGGCUUGAUAAAAGUGUGAUGGCCAUGUUCUUGAUGAAAUUAC